AGAGACUCUUCUUCUACUGAACGCAGGUUCAUGACUUCAGCCUUGUGUCUGAUGGGCUCUCAGGAGGAGAACACUGCAACCCCUCAUCUUUAACUUCAUAAAUAAACUUCACUGGAUAUAUCAGCACCUGCACAGAGGAGGGGGAUCCAUGAGCCAGGGCAGGACCACUGUUGUCUCAUAGAUCAGGUGCAGCUCUGACUGAGGUGGCCAUGUCGUCGCAAGGCCACAGCACGCUCACUUUGGCCGUGGCCCUCUGCUUCCUGCCUUGCAUCACUUCCUCCCUCAACCUGGAGGACCCCAAUGUCUGCAGCCACUGGGAGAGUUACUCGGUGACGGUGCAGGAGUCGUACGCCCACCCCUUUGAUCAGAUUUACUACACCAGCUGCACCGACAUCCUCAACUGGUUUAAGUGCACCCGACAUAGGGUGAGCUAUCGGAUAGCCUAUCGGAGAGGAACCAAGACCAUGUACCGGAGGAAGUCCCAGUGCUGCCCGGGCUUCAACGAGAACGGAGAGAUCUGUGCACCUCAUUGUGCAGAGAGCUGUGUUCACGGCCGUUGUAUCGCCCCCAACACCUGCCAGUGUGAGCCGGGCUGGGGGGGCUCCAACUGCUCCAGUGCCUGUGACAGUGACCGCUGGGGCCCCCACUGCAGCAACCGAUGUCAGUGCCAGAACGGCGCCCUGUGCAACCCCAUCACCGGAGCGUGCAUCUGCCUCCUGGGGUACAGAGGGUGGCGCUGCGAGGCCCAGUGUGAGGUGGGCACCUAUGGAAACGGAUGCCAGCAGAAAUGCCAAUGCCAGAACGGAGCCGCCUGUCACCACGUCACCGGAGAGUGCAAGUGCUCACCGGGAUACACCGGAGCGUUCUGUGAAGACCUGUGUCCUCCAGGUAAACACGGGCAGCAGUGUGAGGAGAGGUGUCCGUGUCAGAAUGGAGGCGUGUGUCACCAUGUGACCGGAGAGUGCGCCUGUCCUGCAGGGUGGAUGGGUACAGUGUGUGGACAGCCGUGUCCAGAGGGGAGAUUUGGACAGAACUGUUCCCAGGAAUGUCAGUGUCACAACAACGGCUUCUGUGUGUUGUCCACGGGACUGUGUGUCUGCAGCCCCGGAUACACCGGAGAGCGGUGCCAGGAGGAGUGUCCGGUUGGUACUUUCGGUGCCGGCUGUGCCAAGACGUGUCAAUGCAAGAACAACGGAAAGUGCUACCACACCAACGGGAUGUGCCUGUGUGAGCCCGGAUACACAGGGGAGACAUGUGACGUCCGACUGUGCCCUGAGGGACGCUACGGCCUCCGCUGCGACAGGAAGUGCCCGUGCUACGCCCACAACACACGCAGCUGCCACCCGAUGUCGGGGGAGUGCACGUGUCGGCCCGGUUGGUCCGGACUCUACUGCAACGAGACGUGCACCCCGGGGUUCUACGGGGAGUUGUGCCAGCAGGUGUGCCGGUGCCAGAACGGUGCCGACUGCCACGGCGUGAGCGGAGAGUGCAUCUGUGCUCCGGGCUUCACGGGUCCCACCUGUUCGCUGCCCUGCCCGGCAGGAACCCAUGGAGCGGACUGCUCCUCCACCUGCAGCUGCAAGAACCGAGCUCAGUGUUCACCUGCGGACGGAUCCUGCUCCUGCACACCAGGCUGGCACGGGGUGGACUGCUCCAUCAACUGCCCCAGUGGGCGGUGGGGUCUGGGCUGUAACCGGACCUGCCUGUGUGUGAACGGAGCUGCCUGCAACGUUCUGGACGGCCGCUGUAGCUGCGCCGCGGGCUGGAGAGGAGAGCGCUGCCAGCUGCACUGCCAGGACGGCACCUAUGGUCUGGACUGUCAGGAGCGCUGUGACUGCAGCCAUGCUGAUGGGUGUCACCACUCUACGGGCCACUGCCGCUGCCUGGCUGGAUGGACCGGUAUCCACUGUGACAGUGUGUGUGCAGAGGGUCGCUGGGGUCCGAACUGCUCCCUCUCCUGUAACUGUAAGAACGGGGCGUCCUGCUCUCCGGACGAGGGCACCUGUGAGUGUGCUCCGGGAUUCAGAGACACCACCUGUCAGAGGAUCUGCUCUCCAGGAUACUUCGGGCACCGCUGCAGUCAGACGUGUCCUCAGUGUGUGCACAGCAUCGGGCCGUGUCACCACGUCUCGGGACAGUGUGACUGUCUGCCGGGCUUCAGGGGGGCGCUGUGCAACGAGGUGUGUCCCAGCGGUCACUUUGGGAAGAACUGUGCGUGGAGCUGCAGCUGCACCAACAACGGCACGUGCAACCCCAUCGACGGAUCCUGUCAGUGCUACCCGGGAUGGAUCGGCAGCGACUGCUCCCAGCUCUGUCCCCCCGGUCAGUGGGGGCCCAACUGCAUCCACACAUGCAACUGUCACAACGGAGCCUACUGCAGCGCGUAUGACGGGGAGUGCAAGUGCACCCCGGGGUGGACCGGCCUCUACUGCACACAACGCUGUCCGCUGGGCUUCUACAGUAAGGACUGUUCUCAGAUCUGCCAGUGCAGGAACGGAGCGGACUGUGAUCACAUCUCGGGACUGUGCACCUGCCGCACCGGCUUCAUGGGACGCCACUGUGAACAGAAGUGUCCGGCUGGCUCGUACGGUUACGGCUGCCGUCAGGUCUGUGACUGUCUGAAUAACUCCACGUGUGAUCACAUGACCGGAACAUGUUACUGCAACCCGGGCUGGAAGGGGGCUCGCUGUGACCAAGCUGGUGUGGUGGUGGGCAGCCUCAACAGUCUGACCAGCGCAGCCAUGCAGGUGGACACGUACCAGAUCGGCGCCAUCGCGGGAAUCAUCGUCCUGGUGCUGCUGGUGCUCUUCCUCCUCCUGCUCUUCAUCAUCUACAGGAAGAAGCAAAAGGUCAAAGAGCCCACCAUGUCGGCGGUGACCUACACCCCUGCCCUGAGGGUCACUUCUGAUUACACAGACGCCCACCCUCCAGCCUGCGAAGGACACCCCAGCAACUACUUCUCCAACCCCAGCUACCACACUCUGACCCAGUGCAUCGGCCCCCAGCAUGUUAACAACGUUCCAUAUGGACCGCUCAAGAACAACCAGCUGUUUGUGAACUUGAAGAAUACAGAGAGGAGGAAACGGCCUCCUCUGUCUGAGCACAGUGGCACACUGCCGGCAGACUUUAAGCAACAGGAGUGCUUCAAUGAGCUGGGAGCCUACGGAGUUGACAGGAGGUACAUGGGGAAGUCGUUACGAGAUCUGAAGGGCACGAUGUAUCACGCCAGCUCCUGCUCCAUCAACAGCUCUGAAAACCCGUAUGCCACCAUCAAGGACCCCCCGCUGCUGACGGCCAAAAACACAGAGUGUGGAUACGUGGAGAUGAAGUCCCCGGCCAGACGGGAUUCACCUUACGCCGAGAUCAGCAACAGCCCCACCCAUAAGCGCAACGUCUACGAAGUUGAGCCGCCUGUAAGCACCAUCCAGAUGCCCGGAGACAGCAAUGGACACGCACUGUUUGGUCAAGAUCUGUACGAUCUACCGAAGAACAGCCACAUCCCGUGUCACUACGACCUCCUGCCGGCCAGAGAGAGCCCCCCCCCAGAGCACAAGGAGCUGGACAAUGAAUGAUGGCUCAGAGACUCAGUAGCUCUCUCCUCCAGGCUCACUGUACACCCACUUGUCCUUGUUGUUGUACUUUGACUCCAUCAUUGUAGAUUUGUAUCUUGACGUUUUUUUCUGAACAAAGUGGGUUUGGAGGUUAGCUUUGAGGUACAGCUGUUAUUUUUUACAGCAAUUUAUAAAGUGCGAUAAAGUCUUCGUAGGUCAUUCCACAUGUCUGGGAAGAAAGGUCUACGUAUGCUCUGACUGCCGCAGUUCGUAUGAUGUGUUGUCCCAUCCGUGAUAUCUGUCUCUCUGUUCCAAAUGUUAACUUUUGGCGGGCUGAAACGCCUCCUUCUGACUGCCUGUCUCCAACAAAUCGGUCUUUCGCUUGUCUCGUAGUCGUGACGCGACAAUUCUUACAAACCACCACACGCCGUUGAAGCGUUGUGGUGGUUUAACGUACAAAAAGUGACCUUCUCAUCCCUCCGCACGCUGUCUACACCUCGUAAGAGCGGGAUUGUUUGGAAAAGUUACAGGACCUGUGGUUUCAGAUGUCGUUAAAUCUUCUAUCAAGUGAACUAAAGCCUUUCUGAUGUUUGCAUAUAACAUUCAAUAACUGUCAAAUCUCUAUGUUCGUAACAAAGCGAUUAGAAGAACUGCUCAUGUUAUUCCGUAUUAGCAACUUCAUCAAAGAUUAGAUGUCUGUUGAAGUUUCGUGAGGAAGAGUAGUAGCAUCAAGCGGCUGAGAGUGUUCGAUGUUAACCAAAGGUCCGUUUUGUCAGGGUAGUUCAAAGCUCUGCUAAUAAUCUGUUCUGACAACAACAAACCUUACAUAACAAAUAUCAUAUCAUACCUCUGGGACACGUGUUGCCAUUCCCAGUAGUAUUCCCAGUUCAUCUUCCGACCAGUCGAUGCAUUAGAAUGGAUGCUUGCUGUACUGCACGGAUUUCUGAUUUGAUUUCAAGAUUGAUUUGUUAAUCGCAGUUUAUUCCCUAUCAUUAUAAAGGGUGUGGCUAGUGUUAGCAGGACCGCUUCGACCACAGUGUUGCAUCAAAUGGACGACAGCCAUUGUUAGCUAGCUUUGCUAUUGUUUACGGUACCAAAUCAUUACAAACUACUGCUCUAUAAAAUAAACGGUGGCUUCUUUCUGACACCUUUUAUAGAGGUAUGUUUCUUAAAUAGGGACCAAAACCCACAACUACAACUUGUAUUUGCAUAUUGCUGUGCUGGAUACGUAGCCAAGACGGCAGUCGCUGAGUGUGAGAAGACUCCAGACUCUACUUUUUGACCGUUACGAGUAGCGAUACUUGUAGUAUAGUGCUCUGCAGUUUGCCGUACUUUGCAUUGGUAUGAACUCAUGCACUCAAAACAGCAAAUGGUAGUACAGAAGACACAUAACAAGCGAUAAUGACAUCUGUGUGACACGCUAAAAGAAGAAAAGCUACUAGAUAUGGUACGUUUUCAUUUCCGUGAACACGUCAGAUCGGUACUUGUGUGAUGGGUUGAUGAUAGACAUGGAUUUGGUUAAUGGUCUCAGAAAAAUGCUUCUGGAAAUACGUUUCUUCUGUGCUCAUUGUUUUGAUGUCCUAAAUAACUUGAAUGGAAAGACAUAACCUGGGGCUUCACACUGACCAACCUGGACUUUAAAAACCUUGGUACACAUUUCUUCCAUUUGCUAAAGACCCGUCUCAUCAACAAUAUGCUAACUUUCACCCUAAGAACUUGACAAUCUGUCGCCCGGCGCUUCCUCUCAUCUCAACUUUAACCGUGUGAGGCUUAGUCUUGGAUAUCCGCUGUAUUUACCAAACUAGGACAAAGGAGUACGCAUUAUGGACGUUCUCUCUUAUUUAUGUGAAGAUGUUAAUGGGUGAUGAAGAUCCCAUGCAUAUUAUGGGAGGCCUCUGUGUGUUUCAGCAGGAUUAUUCCCAGUAAAAGUCUCUUUAUUCUUUUUGUGCCAGGUGAUUACUGCACCCCUUUAUACAUUAUGUCUAUACCAGCUUUGGUUUUCCCCUCCUGUGCGCAUGAAACCUUGCUUUAUUAUUUAGAAUGCUGUGUAUCUGGUCAAGAUUUUUGCUGACUCUUGCUUCUUCUUAAUUGCUUCUUGCACCAAAUACCAAAGAGGGCUUGCUCUUCUUUUUGGUUGUUCAGCUCCAUGCAGUAGUAAAAUGGUGGUUACCAAACUGGUGCUCGACCAAUCCACGUUGACGGCACUGCUGGUGACCUUUGCAAGUUCCUGAACCUUGCUUUUAGUGUCACCUUCUGAGCAGUGCUCGAAUAUUCCAGAUGUGCUUACUGUUGUUGUGUUGCUUGUCAAUCUUUAUAGACAACGACAAUCCCCGGAAGAACCUGGAACCUUGUUUUUCCUCCCGAUCAAAGCCUAAAGUAGUCCCCAAAGCAGGCAAAGUAACAAUGAAGGAGACCAGUGUCUCUUUCUGUUUCUGCGCUGGUGAGCAGCUACUUGUAAAUUCCCUCAAUCGUUAAAGUGUAUGGUUUGGUGGCGAGAGUUUCCCGCAGUAACCAUAUGAAGACUUUCACAAUGACACCAGUACGUCUUUGCCUCGUCCCAUAGUACCAUACUAUCAAACAGCCCCGUACCACCAAUAAACCAGCCAUCUGUACAAUAAGACCUAACACACUGUGCAAUGAAAGGGCUAAACAUAUCUAAUGAAAGGAAAGCUGAAGCUGGACUUUGGCCCUUUUUGAAAGGAACAUUUUACAUUGAUUAUCUCUAAUAAACAUCCUGAUAUAGAUGUUGCUUUGAAUGAUUGUGUGCUUUCUGUUUGUCUUUCCUGUAUUCUGAAUUGCUUAAAAUGUCAACUCGUCUUAAGCUAUUCUGAGUUUAUUUGAAAUGUUUGUAAAAUAAUGUAUAUAAUUUGAUCAGUUCUGUGUAAAUCUUCACCCUGCGUCUUACGUCUGCGAUUGAAAACAGCGAUACAUGUAGCAUCUGGAUUAGUACAAAAACAACGAUUAUGAAAUGAUGAUAGAUGUUGGACUUCCUCUGUGCUCUGUUCCUUUACUUGUCUACCGGAGUACUGUGUAUUUAAAGGACCACUGAUGUUUGCUCUGGAAGGAAUGCUUGGGAUUCAUCAGAUUGAUCUGUUUCUUGACUCUUAAUCGGUUUCCCCCAAUAAGGUGACAAUGGUUUAGGCACUGGGCGGGUUCGAUUACACUUUUUGGGUUUUGAUUUUUUCAUUAUAGUGCUUUUUGUGCAAAUGCUUUGGAAUAAAAUGACAUAAUAUGAUACAAAGAA